AUGCGCCUAUUCCACACACUUCUCUUCCUCUUCUGCUGCUACGCGCGCCUCCACCGCUUCCUCGUUUGCUUCCGCUGCCACGCGCACCACCGCUCCAGCGCCCCGCCACCGCCGCGCCGCCGAGGAGCGUCGGGCUACCGCGGCGUCCGCCAGCGCCCCAACGGCGGGUUCUACUCCGAGAUACGGUCUGGCCAACUCCGGCUCGGCCUCGGCACCUUCGAGACGGCGCACGAGGCCGCCCGCGUGUACGACGCAGCGGCGUGGCGCCUAGGCAAGCCACACCCGCAGAUGAACUUCCAGGACGUGGACACGCUCCAGCAGGCGCUGGACGUCGCCCCGCCGCCUCGUCUUACCACGGCACAAGACCGUGCGGAGCACGCUGAGCGGCAGCGCCGCCUCCUCGUCGCUCAGGAGGACGAGCGGGUCAUGGCAGACUGGCGCCGGCGCCACCCGGAGGACGUCACCUACGAGCAAGCCUACUGGGCAAGGCGCCGCGAGGAGCGGUUGGAUAGGCGUCAGCGGAAGGCCCUGGCGUUAUCGCAGUGCGAAAUCGUUGAGAAUGGUGGGCAGACGAUCUUUAUGUCUGAUGAUGAUCGUUGGGAGGACAUGUGGCUCGAUACCUCGGACGAGACCAGCGAGGAUGGCGAUGAUGAUGACGACGACUGGGAGUAG